CAUUUUCAUUUGCUAUCUUCUCCGAUCGUUUAACAGGUCUUUGAUAUCUACUGAAACUGUGAAGAGAUGUCAGGAAGAGGAAAGGGAGGAAAGGGGUUGGGAAAGGGAGGAGCGAAGAGGCACAGGAAGGUGCUGAGGGAUAACAUUCAAGGUAUCACCAAGCCUGCGAUUCGUCGUCUUGCUCGUAGAGGAGGCGUCAAGCGUAUUAGCGGUCUGAUCUACGAGGAGACCAGAGGAGUGCUCAAGAUCUUUCUCGAGAAUGUCAUCCGCGACGCCGUCACCUACACAGAGCACGCCCGGAGGAAGACGGUGACUGCCAUGGACGUUGUCUAUGCUCUGAAGAGGCAAGGUCGUACUCUCUACGGUUUCGGCGGUUAAUCGACUCGACGACAGUUUUAGGAAAUGGGAUUUUAGGGUUCUGAAAAUCUUGUUUCUGAAAUCUUCGUGUUUUCAUUUGAUUACCCAAAGUAAAUCCAGGAAGUAGCUAUCGUUUUCAUUUGCCAAUAUGAUAUUGUAUUACGCUGAGAAUUUCCAAAUAGUAAGUUGAGAUGGAUUCCUCUGCUUAACAUUUACUAUGAA